ACAUUUUCAUCUAUCAACAAAUACAGAGCACAAAAAAGUAUCAAAAAAAAAUCCUCAAAAAAACCUCAUCGGAAAAUCAUGUCGUGGCAAGUAUAUGUCGAUGAACACCUCCUGUGUGACAUCGAAGGGAACCACCUUAGCGCCGCCGCUAUCAUCGGCCUUGACGGCGCCGUUUGGGCUAAAAGCUCAACUUUCCCUCAGUUCAAACCCUCAGAGAUUGACGCCAUCCUGAAUGAUUUUAAUGAGCCUGGUUCACUUGCUCCAACUGGCCUGCAUCUUGGUGGCUCAAAGUACAUGGUCAUUCAAGGGGAACCUGGGGUCGUCAUUCGAGGAAAGAAGGGACCGGGUGGUAUCACUAUCAAAAAGACUGGUCAGGCUCUACUUUUUGGUAUCUAUGAUGAACCAAUGACUCCCGGCCAGUGUAACCUGGUUGUUGAGAGGCUCGGCGAUUAUCUCAUUGAGCAAGGUUAUUAAUUUGUUGAAUUUCCUUUCAAUAUGUUUGUAUUGAAGAUUGUGGUGUUUGCUGAUGAUGGAUACUCAAGAGUUGGGAAGUGGUAGAUAUGAUACCUUUCUGGAUUCAACAGUUCUCUCUUUGUAUUUUGAUUUUGCAAGAAUUGGUUUAAAUUAUUUUCAAGUGAGACCCUCUGAUUAUUUUUGAGAGGGGAAUUUGUUGUUGGUACCUAUAAAUGGAUUUCACUUUGCACAAAAUUUGGCUUGUGUAAUAUACAGCUCCUGGAUUUU